AUGUCCUCAAGCUGGGUAGAAAAAAAACCAGGGCUCUGGCAGAGGCCAAUUGGUGAAAAUGAGAAGUUCAUCAAGUUUAUUGGUGAUCGAUCUCAUCUAAUCGGCCGUGAGCACUGGUCUAUCACCUCUGGGGCGAAGUUCACUCUGAAUACAGGCUGGAACAUUUCGGAACUUUCAAGGAACAGUUUUGACGCUUGGUGCAAAGUCCGGUUUUACCAUCCCAGCAUUGCUUGCACGGCCGAAGCGGACAUCUUGAGCUACCAAACGGGUUCGAACGACUCUGUAUUCUCUUGGGCAAAUGAGACAUUCAAGGUACAUGAUUCGGAUGUCACAGCGGAGGAUGUAAUUGCAAAUCUUAGGCCAUCUCGUUAUAUGACAGCUCAUUUACUGCCUGGUGAAAAUAUGAUUCUUCUUCAUGCAGCUCAUUGGAGAACAGAUGGUUAUGGAGCCUUGCAGCUUGUUCAUGCGUUCUUGAACAGCCUGUGCGAGGUGGUCAGCGGCAACCAAAAGGAAAUCCAAUGGGGUGAGGAGUGGCGUCGCUUAACACCGAGCAUUGAGGAAGUCCUCGAUAUACCUGUCACGGCAACACCCAAAAUUCUCGAAGCUACCAGGGAAUGUAUGAAGACAUUGGCGCAUGCAAGAGGGGCCGUAGGUGUUGCGUUCACGGGCGAUAAACAGGCAGCGCCUGCUGGAACACGAAGCACACGUUUCUGUUUGACCGAGACUGAAACCAGCGCUGUCGCUGCCGCUUGCACCGAGCGAAACAUUAGCCUCACCUCUGCCGUACAUGCAUCAUGUGCUAUACUUACGCACAUGCAAGCUUCACCAGACGACCGAGAUAAGCAUUACACAAGUACAAUGCGAUUCACCCUGCGUCCUCAUCUUCUCCCACCAUAUUCGGGUCCAGGCUUUGCCGCGGCUUUGUAUACAGCUGGCUACAUGUUUCCAGUACCAGCCUCGAAAUCGUGGAUUGAGAAUGCGAGGGCGUACGAAAGGGAAUAUCGAACCGGAAUUACCCAAGACUUUUUGCAAUGUCGUCGCCAGUAUGCAGAAGAGGUCUUAGGCCUACUAAAGCGAGGUGUACCACCUGCUGAUCCGCCACCAAGUGAGGUCGACAUCUCCAGUGUGGGCGAUGCCGAGGCUCUCGUUGCCCCACGGUUUACGAAUGAUGGAACUGUUCUAGAAGUGCAAGAUUUGAACAUUGGGGUCGAAAUUUUAACUCGUCAAACUUAUUGUUUCAUGUGGACGUUUCGAGGUCGAUUGCAGCUGCAGUUAGUCUACAACGAGGCAUACUAUGAGAAAGACCAUGCUGAACGGAUGGUGAAAAUUAUUGCGGAAACUCUGAAGGCCGAAUUGGGAUUAUGGGGCAAAUCAUAG